AUGGAGAAACAAGGUAGAGAUGUGUUUACAUAUGAGGUGUUUGAGAAAUUUCAGAAAGAGAUUGUUGCAGCAAGAUACCAUUGUUGCAUCCAAGGCAUUGCACAAGAUGGAACACUAAAAAUAGUGACAUUGAGAGGUCGAUCCCAUAGGAUUAGGGAAGUUCAGUGUGACACCACAACCAUGAUAGCUCAUUGUUCAUGUAAGUUAUUUGAAACAAUUGGAAUCCCGUGCCGCCAUAUCAUGCAGGUGUUGAGGGCUGAAAAUCAAAAUGAACUUCCAUCGUACUACAUUAUGAAAAGAUGGAAGAAACGGUGCAAAAGGGAGAAUGUGUAUGAUGAGCAUGGGAAUUUAAUAGAAGAGAAGGCAACCGAUUCGUUGAAUGAAGCUACGAGGAAGAAGAUUUCAGUUGUACGCAACAAGUUGGAAGAUCUAAUUCAGAAGGCCAAGCACUCGGAUGAAGGCAUGGAUUUUCUAACAUCAAGUGUAUUAAAUAUUGAAGCACCUUUGGAUGAAAUGGUUCCCACAUCAGGUGUGAAGCACACUAGACAAGAUGAGUAUGAGGCUUUUAUUGGUUGCAAUAUUCCUACUGAAAUUGACAUACACCCGCCAACUGAUGUUCGCACGGUGGGGAGAUGCAAAAGAAUAAAGAGAGGAAAGGAAAUAAGUGAGGAGGAACAGAAAAAGAAGAAGAAGGAAGCCAAGGUAAAGGUUGCACGCUUGUGCAAGACGUGCAAACAAAUAGUUUUUCAUGAUAGUCGCAAUUGUCCUAGCAAAAAAGAAGGCAAAGGGGCUGAGAUUGUGCUGCAGAUGAAGCCAAGUGGUGCUCCGUGA